AUGUCCGACUUCAACAUGGCUCGCGACCGCGAGACCGGCGAGAUCGUCGGCCUCAAGGUGCUCGAUAAGCUUAAGACGGAGCAACUCGAGGCCCGGUUCCGUGGCCUGAAGAAACCGACCGAAGGCGAGAUCGCGUCGCGCUUCGACCACCCGACCAUCGUCAAGACGCUCCGCCACGGCAUGACGACCAAGGGCGAGCAGUACGUCGUCAUGGAGUUCCUCGACGGCCCGGGCCUCAACUCACUGAUCAUCGGACGCGACAAACGCCUCGACGGCAACCGCCUCACCCUGAUGCGUCAGGCCGCCGAGGCCCUCGACGUCGUUCACAAAGCGGGGUUCAUCCACCGCGACGUCUGCCCCCGCAAUUUCGUCUGCGCGAAGGACGCUUCGUCGCUGAAGCUCAUCGACUUUGGCCUCACCGUCCCCGCCGAAAAGGAGUACAUGCAGCCCGGCAACCGCACGGGCACGCCCAACUACAUGGCCCCGGAGAUCGCCCGUCGGCGGCCGACCGACCAGCGCGUCGAUGUCUUCGCGUAUGGGGCGUCGAUGUUCGAGAUGUUCGCGUUCGAACUCCCCUGGCCCCGCGGCGCCGACGGCCUGGCGGCCAUGUCGCACGGCGUCAUCGCCAUCCCGCCGCUGUCGGGCCUCGUGCCGGGCGUCCACCCUGAGGUCGAGGCGAUCAUCACCGAGUGCCUCGCCGCCGACCCCGACAAACGCCCCCGCACAAUGGAGGCAAUCGUCAAACGCCUCAAGCGGCUCAAGAGCGAGUACGCCGACAAGGGGCGUUCCGGCUACCUGCAAGAUGCUCGUCAGCGACCGGAGGGAACCACCGGCGGGGGCGCCGAAGCAACGACCCUGGGUUUCGGUCCGGCCGCGUUCCGCCCUAGACUUCGUGGCAUGAACCGCCCCGCCCUGCCGCCUCUGUUGCCGCGAUUACUGCCGCUAGUCUCCGCUGUCCUUUUCAUGGGGUGCGAUACGCCGCUGUCGCUUUCGCAGCGGCUCGACGGCCGGUGGGUUGGCCGGCCGGAGUCCGCCGCCGAGCGCACCGUCCGCGAAUGGCCGACGCGGGAGUCGGACCCCGACGACCCGGCGAUCGCCGAGGCCGCCGCCGAGACGCCGCCGACCGACCUGGAGGCGUUCGACAGCGUGCGGGUCGAGUUGGAACUCGACGACUCGGGCGCUGCACGCAUGAGCCUCGCCGGCGGCGAGCCGUUGGUGGGCGAGUGGCAGCUGUCCUCGAUCGAGGGCCGCCGCGGCGUGCUGGAGAUCAGCGUCGAACGCGGCGAAGUGGACGGCAAGCCGACCUUCGAGACGCGGCGGUACGACGUCGAGGCGCUGCGGCCUGUAGAUGGCGAGGGCUUUGUGCUCCGCGAACAGAACGCCGACCGGCGUUUCGGGCGCCUGCUCUUCCGCUCUCCCCAAGGCCGUGCCGUGACUGACCGCGAACGCUGGAUUGUCUAUCCGCUGCUGUUCCUCGCCCUAGGGUCGGCGCUACGCGACAAGCUCGCCAAGCAGACGCAGGCCAAGCAGAUCGUCUGCGAGCAGCUGCUGUUGGUGGACAACGAGGGUCGCCCCGCCGCGGCGCUGACGGGCAACGAGCUGCGGUUCGAUGUCGGCGGGAUCGGCAACGGGCACAUUGUCGGCGGCAAGAUCGAAGCCCUGGGCUUCCUGCAACGCGGCCAGCCGGUGCUAUCGCUCGGGCCGCAGCAAUCGAUCUCGAUCCCGCAGCUGUUGCAGCAGCUGCUGCCGCAAAUGCAAUUGGCGCCGGGUUUGCCGCAACUUCAGGCGCCGCCGCAACCGCCCGGCCAAGAACCGCCGCCAGCCGACGAAAUGCCAGCCGACGAAGCGCCCGACGAACCACCGGCCGAAACGCCAACCUUCGAACCACCCAAAAUGAUCCACUUCGACCCGAUGUAUUUCGUGUUCAUCGCGCCCGCCUUCGUGCUGGCGCUAUGGGCACAGGGCCGCACCAAGGCGGCGUACGCCGCCGCCUCGCAGGACGUUGGCAUCGAGGCGAUCCCCGGCGAGCUCACCGAUCACUACGACCCCAGCCACCGCGUCCUGCGGCUCAGCCAGGGCGUUUACGGCGAGCGGACGAUGGCCGCCGUGGGCAUCGCCGCCCACGAAGCGGGCCACGCCUUGCAGCACGCCAAGAACUACAGCCCGCUGAUGAUCCGCAACCUGGCCGUCCCCGCAGCGAACUUCGGCGGGGGGCUUGGCGGCUUGAUGAUCAUCGGCGGCGCCAUGCUAAACUUCCCUGCGCUGUUGUGGGCCGGCAUCGCCGCGUUCUCCGCCGUGGUGUUCUUCCAGCUGAUCAACCUGCCGGUCGAAUUCGACGCCAGCAACCGCGCCAAGGCGCAGCUGGUGAGCUACGGCAUCGUCCCGCAGCAAGAGAUGUCCCACGUCAACAGCGUGCUGAACGCCGCGGCGUGGACCUACGUCGCCGGCACGCUGCAAUCGAUCAUGAUCCUGCUGUACUACGUGUGGCGGUACGAUCCUGAUAGCAACCUCUCUCCACUGGAGCCCCGCAGGAUGAAGGCCUCCCCCAAUUUCUCGUCGGCCAGUUUCUCGUCGACCAGUCUCUGGCUUGUCGCUGUCGCUUGCCUCGCCACGGGCGUCGCCGCCGGCGUGCUGGCGACGCGCAAUAGCGAGCCCGCGCUCACGCUGCCGCCGAUCGACGUGCACGCCAUGGCGACCGCUUCGCACGACAACUUUGUCAUCGCGACCGGGGUCGUUGAGGACGGCACCGAGGGGCUCUUCUUCCUCGACUUCCUCACCGGCGACCUCAAGGCGACGGUCGUCAACAGCCGCGGCUCCGGCUUCAACGCGUACUAUCAGUACAACAUCGCCAACGACUUCAACACCGGCGCGGUGCAGAACCCCAAGUACCUGAUGGUGACCGGCCUCGCCCGCGACCAGCAGGCCCGCGGCUCGGGCCGCAUGGCGCAGAGCAUCCUCUACGUCGUCGAGGCCACCAGCGGCCAGCUCGUCGCCUACGGCAUCCCCUACAGCCGCGCCAACCAAACGGCGGGCAAGCCCCAGGUCGGCACGUUUAUCCCGCUCGCCAAG